CUCCGCACGUACGUGCUCGAUCGAGUUCGUUAGUUGCCCGCUGCCCGGGGAGGGAGCUUGGGAUCACCGGCAACCAGCUCCAUCGUCACCGGCUCGGGCUCUGCACCGGAGAGAGAGACGUCGUCUAGCUCAUCGACCGGCAAUGCGGCAGCGGGGGCUCGGCGGGCGCGGCCUGCUCCUCCUCGUCCUCGUGCUGUGCUGCUCCGCGCUCCGGUGCGUCGUGCCGGACCUCGCGGCGGACCGCGCGGCGCUGCUCGCGUUCCGGGCCGCGGUCGGCCCGGGCCUCCCGUGGGACGCGUCCGCGCAGUCCCCGUGCGGGUGGCGCGGCGUCACGUGCGACAACGCCACCGGGGCUGCCGGGCAGCGCGUCGUCGCGCUGCAGCUCCCCGGCGCCGGCCUGAUCGGCCAGCUGCCGCCCGGCACCGUGGGCAACCUCACAGCCCUGAGGACGCUCUCGCUCCGCUCCAACGCGAUCUCCGGCGGGAUCCCCGCCGACAUCGGCAGCUGCGCGGAGCUCAGGUACCUCUACCUCCACGAGAACCAGCUCUCCGGCGAGAUACCGGAAGGGUUCUUCUCGCUCGGCCUGCUGCAGCGGCUAGUCCUCUCCGAAAACCGCAUCGGUGGAAACGUCUCCUCGGAGUUCAACAGGCUCCCGCGGCUGGCCACUCUGUACCUGGAGAACAACGCCCUCAACGGCGCCCUCCCGCCCGACCUUGACCUCCCGAACCUCCAGCUGUUCAACGUCUCCGGCAACCAGCUCAGCGGCCCCGUCCCCGCGUCGCUCGCCGGAAGGCCGGCCAACGCGUUUAGCGGGACGGGGCUCUGUGGCGGCCCUCUAAGCCCGUGCACAACCACAGCAGCGCCGCCACCGCCGUCGCCAUUGUCGCCUCCGGCCCCUGCUGAUCAGGACAGCAAGAGCAGCAAGCUUUCAGCCGCCGCAAUUGCCGGCAUCGUUGCCGGUGCCGUCGUGGCCCUCUUAGUGGUGGUGCUAGCCGUGAUCUUCCUGCUCUGUUUCCGUCGUCGCAAGACCAAGGCCGACACCUCCACCGAGACGGCCGCGUACGGCGAGGAAGACUUGUCACCGGAGACGGUGUCCGUGGCGAGGAGAGGGGGCAAGGGCGAUGUGAAGCGCUCGCGGUCGCGCUCCGCGCAGAUGACUACGGCGGGCAGCGACGCCAGGAAGCUGGUGUUCGUGGGGGGCGAGCCGGACGUGGCCUACGAGCUGGAGUCGCUGCUGCACGCGUCGGCCGAGGUGCUCGGGAAGGGCUGGCUCGGCACGACGUACCGCGCCACGCUCGAGGGCGGCGUCGCCGUGGUCACCGUCAAGCGGCUCAGGGAGCUGCCCAUCCCGGAGAAGGAGUUCCGCGGCACGGUGGCCUUGCUCGGCGCGCUCCGGCACGACAACCUGGUGCCCCUCCGCUCCUACUUCUACAGCAAGGAGGAGAAGCUCAUCGUGUACGACUUCGUCAGGGCCAAGGGCCUCGCCGCGCUCCUCCACUUCCCCAACGGCGCCGCCAGCCUCGACUUCGCGGCGCGGGCGCGGGUCGCGCGGGCCUGCGCGCGGGGCAUCGCCUUCAUCCACGCCGCCGGCGCGUCGCACGGCAACAUCAAGUCGUCCAACGUGCUGGUCACCGACGCGCGCGACACCACCUACGUCACCGACUACGGCCUCGUGCAGCUCGUCGGCGCCGGCGUGCCGCUGAAGCGCGUCACCGGGUACCGCGCCCCGGAGGUCACGGACCCACGGAAGACGUCGCAGGAGGCCGACGUGUACAGCUUCGGCGUGCUGCUCCUGGAGCUGCUCACCGGGAGGGCACCCGCCAACUCGGUGCCCGGCAGCGACGCCGCCGCCGACCUGCCGCAGUGGGUGCGCACCGUGGUGCAGGAGGAGUGGACGGGCGAGGCCUUCGACGCCGCCAUCGCCAACGAGACGCUCGUGGAGGAGGAGAUGGUGCGGCUGCUGCAGCUCGCCUCCGACUGCACCGAGGAGCGGCCCGACGCGCGGCCGGCGAUGGCCGACGUCGCCGCGAGGAUCGAGGACAUUGUCGGGAGCGCGCUGCGGAAGGCGGCGUCCGACUCGGACGAGUUCCACAGCGUGUCCGCCGACCAGUCCUCGUGAUCACCUCGGCCACCGUGUUUCAGUUCCCUAGCGAAUCAGUUCAGUUUCUUUUGCAACACUUUGUAUUCCUCAACAUGUUCAUAGAGUCUGUUUAUUCCUUGGUUUUUUCUGAUUAUAUAUCAAUGUUCCUCGCAAAAAGAUAUACUUCCAACUUCAAACAAAUCCAAGAUAUCUACAUCGA